GUCUUCACUCUCAAGGUGCAAGAUGCAGAACGGUGACUCCGCGGCGGACACUGACGCGGGCGAGGAGCAAGUGUCUGGUGCUACAGUCAUCGCCCAGGCCCUGAGAUCACAGGAUGUGAAGUACAUGUUUGGCAUCGUGGGCAUCCCAGUGACCGAAAUUGCCAUGGCCGCUCAGGAACUGGGCAUCAAAUACAUAGGGAUGAGGAAUGAGCAGGCGGCUUGUUAUGCUGCCUCAGCGGUUGGAUAUCUGACAGGCAGGCCGGGAGUUUGUCUGGUUGUUUCUGGCCCAGGUCUCAUCCAUGCCCUGGGUGGUAUGGCAAAUGCAAGCAUCAACUGUUGGCCGUUGGUUGUGAUUGGUGGUUCCUCCGAAAGGAAUCAGGAGACCAUGGGAGCCUUCCAGGAGUUUCCUCAGGUUGAAGCUUGUAGACUAUAUAGCAAGUUCUCUGCCCGACCAAGCAGCAUACAAGCAAUUCCCUCUGUAAUUGAAAAGGCGGUGAGAAGCAGCAUUUAUGGUCGCCCGGGUGCUUGCUAUGUUGACAUCCCUGCUGACUUUGUGAGCCUCCAGGUGAAUGUGGAUUCUAUAAAGUACCUGAAGUGCUGCCUGCCCCCACCCGUCAGCCUGGCGGACCCCUUGGCUGUGCACAUGGCAGCGUCUGUGAUCAGGGAUGCCAAGCGGCCCCUUCUCAUCAUCGGGAAAGGUGCUGCUUACGCUCGCGCAGAGGAGAGCAUCAGGACAUUGGUGAACUGCUGUCAGUUGCCAUUUUUGCCCACUCCCAUGGGGAAGGGUGUCAUCCCUGACAACCAUCCAAACUGUGUGGCGGCUGCCAGGUCCAGAGCACUGCAGUCUGCUGAUGUAAUCGUGCUGCUUGGCACCAGAUUAAAUUGGAUUUUGCAUUUUGGACUUCCUCCAAGAUACCAGCCAGAUGUAAAGUUUAUCCAGGUGGACAUCUGCGCAGAAGAACUGGGGAAUAACGUGAGGCCUGCCGUGACUUUGCUAGGAGACAUACAUGCCGUCACCAAACAGCUUUUAGAACACUUCAAUAACAUGCAGUGGCAGUACCCUCCAGAAAGUGUGUGGUGGCAGACGCUGAGAGAGAAAAUGAAGAGUAACGAAGCCAUGUCCAAGGAGUUAGCUUCCCAAAAAACCUGGCCUAUGAAUUAUUAUACUGUAUUCUUCCAUAUUCAAGAAAAACUACCCAAGGAUUGUUUUAUAGUGAGUGAGGGAGCAAAUACGAUGGAUAUUGGGCGAACUGUGCUUCAGAACUACCUUCCUCGUCACAGGCUCGAUGCAGGUACUUUUGGAACAAUGGGAGUCGGUUUGGGGUUUGCUAUUGCAGCUGCUCUGGUAGCUAAAGAUAGAGACCCAAGGCAGCGGGUCAUCUGUGUGGAAGGAGACAGCGCCUUUGGGUUUUCUGGCAUGGAAGUGGAAACCAUCUGCAGGUACAACUUACCAAUCAUCCUUUUGGUAGUGAAUAAUAAUGGAAUUUACCAAGGUUUGGAUGCAGAUUCUUGGAAUGGAAUGUUAAAAACUGGAGAUGCUGCCUCCGUGGCCCCACCACCCUGUCUUCUGCCAAACUCACAUUACGAGCAGGUCAUGAUGGCUUUUGGAGGGAAAGGGUAUUUCGUACAAACACCAGAAGAACUACAAAAAUCCCUGUCGCAGAGCCUGGAAGACUCAACUAAGCCCUGUCUUAUUAACAUCAUGAUUGAACCACAAGCCAUGAGAAAGUCCCAGGACUUCUUCUGGCUGACACGUUCUAACUUAUAAAUGAGUGACCUUGAGUUUGCUCUUUCCUGUAAGAGGAACUCAAUUUCUACGGCAGUUACUAUAUUCUUAAAAUUGUUAUGCAGAGAGAAAUAAACAUUUCUAAAUGGCGUUUUAUAACAGAAGAACUGAUUAAAAAACAAAGAACCAAUCACAGAAAUAACUGUUCCCAGAUGAGGGAAAGGGCUUUAUAAAACGCUAGCAUUAGCACAGUCUGGCUGUUCAGUUAAACGGCAGUGUUAUUUUAUACGCAUGUAGCCUUAAAAUCUUUUGAAAUCAUCUGAAGAAAAAGCAAACAAAGAAGCAAAACAAAACAAAACACACCAAGAGUUGUCAAAUGUAGAGAGACGUGCAAGAAAUUGGAGUACGCCACAGUUUACCUGUGAACACUUUACACCCAAGUCUCCAGACCAUUUGCUGGAACUUGUUCUGUGAUUUUUUUUCUUUUUCUUUUUCAUGUUUUAACUUUUAGCUGCCAAGCUUACCACUAGGGCUGAGCGCCUGCACUUACAGGCCAACACCUGGUGGUCAUUAUUGGGGGUGGGGGGAUGCGCUUCUCCAAGUAGUAGGUUAAUAGAUUGUCCAGCAGAGGUCAGUCUAUUCAUAUAAAAAAACAGAUGAGCUCAGGAUCACUUUGAUAAUAGUCCACUGCCUGCUUAUUUUGUCAAAAAUGAUGAUGUUAAGUCUCUUCAUAGAAACGUUUCCUUGGAUUAAGUAUUGAUUGAGUUUA